UCAGCAAGCUUUUGUUUCGGUGUCAAGGACAGUCGCGUCCGAGCUCUGGUUUAAAGGCUGCAGGUCCCCGCCGUUGAGGGGCGCGAUCCGCACGCACUACUCCACGAUAGACGCGCCCAGUGCAUGUGGCUUUGCUGGACCCGAUAUACGAUAACGCACCCUGCGUCGCCAUGGCAUACCAGCAGCAGUACGACGGCCAUCCGCAGCCGCGACAGCAGCAACAGCAGCAGCAGCAGCAAUACUACGAUCAGGGACAUGCGCCGCAGGAACAACAGCAGUAUGCAGGCUACGACAGCCAGUACGACCAGCAGUACUACGAUUACGGCUACGAUCAGCACGGAUACGAUCAGCACGGCUGGGACGACGGCUACUACAACAACCCGCAGGCCGGACAUGGAAAUGCACAGCAACAGCAACAGUACGAUGAUGGAAGCGCAUAUGAGAGACAGCCCCCGCAAUCACAAGGGCGCCGCCCACCACCACAGCAGGCGCAAUAUGCGCAGGACCAAGGCUACGACAACCACCAACAGCAGCGACUAUGGCAGACGCAGGGACAGGAUCCCAGGCGGCCAAUGGACCGAGGAAAUGCGCCGCAGCCGAACCCACAGCAAGGUCGAGGAGGACUAAGACCGCCAGGCUUGGAUCGCUCUCUAUUACAGCAAAAGUCGCCCAAAAGGAGACCCCAGGACAACCCGUUCCCGACCUUUCCUACACAAAAUGCGAAGCAGGCACCGCCGAAAGAGAACUUGGACCAAGCUAUGUCAAAGAUGGAGAUCAAUGGCACCAGGCCCGAGGAGAGGCAGAGGCGACCCUCAGCACGAGGCAUGCACCCAGAUGGUAGAGGCCCGGGAAGGCCAGAGCCAAAUGGUAGGGCAGAUUCAGGGCAGUUCGAGAGUAGUGCGCAGGGCCAGCGUCGGCCACCACCAAAUCGCAUGGCUUCUGGCCAGCGACCGCCUUUGGUGGAGACGGACGGCAGUAGAGGACCACCUCAGCCACGGCAACAAGGUCGAAAGUCUCCCUCGCAGCAGAUGUUCGGUCCUGGAAUGCAGCGUGCGGUGACGAUGCCCCAGAACAUAGACACGACCCAGCAGCAAUGGGCUGAUCCUGGCGCCUUGGAUAGCUACCACGGCCCCGAGUCGCCUUCGUACAUCCCUCCCAGGCCCUCGACAGCUGGCAGCAACAGACAGAACAGACCACCCAGGCAGCCACAAGAGCAGCCCCCAGUGCCACGAAUGCAGACUCAGCAGCAGCAGUAUGUUACACCGAGCCAACAAUUGCCAUCUCCAGAUGACCAUCGGUCCACCCUGGACACCUUCUACGAUGAUUACUACCAGCGGGGCAGCAACCGGAAAAGCAUAGCUUCGACAAUAGACAUGCCCAACUUUGAUGCAAUACCGGAGACGAGCCGCGGGCACAGGCGAGGCGACUCGAUAGACAAUCAUCUAUCGCCGAGCAACUUUGGCGGUCUGCGACAGAACAUCCAGGCAGUUGGUCCAGUAGACGAAAUACCUGCGCCGAGCAACUUCCAGCAGCACUCAUUGCGGAGCAGAUCGCAACCUGACCUGAAUGCGCAGUACAAUGGCGCUUACGAAAUGGCCGCAGAUGCCCCGCCUAUGCCUGCGCCGUCGAGAUCAAACACGGGCUUCGCAGGUCCCAAUGGGCUGCCGAACGGUCCCCGUGGACGUGGACCACCUCCACGCGGAAUGACUACCGAUGGUAUGCAACGAGGACCGCCCAAUCAAGGCUAUGGCGCAGGCCAGCAACCAAACUUCGACCCACGAUAUGGAAGGGAACCACCACCUGUCCAGCGAGGCUAUUCAGAUGAUUCCGUCUACUCUGAACCGCCACUGAACACCAUGAGGAACGUCUCCUCGCCCUUGCCAGGACCUUCUAUCGCUAGACCUGGGACAGCAGCACCAGCACCUGGGCGUAUCCCAAGCGAUCCACUCGGUCGACGACCAGGAACGACUCAACCACAAAUGAAUCCAGAUGCGCUCCCUGCGCACCCAGUCCCAAUCCGAGCCGGGCUCGUGCAACAGCAUCAACAGCAACCGCAACGGCAACCGACUAUCGCACAGAGACCGCCUCCCGUCCGACAAUACAACAGCGAUCAGUCCCGUAACAGCCUCGAGAGUCAGCAUUCCAUCGCACAACGAUCUACGGGUCAACGACGUAGCUCUGUGCCGCAUCCUGUAACGUACGACGAGUUAAAUCGCCUCCGCAAGGCUUGGAAGGACAAUUCUACAGAUGACGCUACUGGACUAAAACUAGCGAAGAAGCUGGUGGAGGCUGCCAGUGUGCUUGCUGACGAGAACGGGACAGCAGACAAGCGAGCACAGGCCAAGAACAAGGAGAAGUUCGUUGUCGAGGCUCACAAGAUUGUCAAGAAGCUUGCCCAACAUCAAUAUGGCGAAGCCAUGUUCUACCUUGCGGAUUGCUACGGUCAAGGGCAACUCGGCCUGCAAGUCGACACCAAAGAAGCAUUCACACUCUAUCAAGGCGCCGCAAAAGCAGGUCACGCUGCAAGCGCCUACCGUACAGCCGUCUGCUGCGAGAUGGGCCACGAAGAAGGUGGUGGCACGAAGCGCGAUCCACUGAAAGCAGUGCAAUGGUACCGACGAGCUGCAGCUCUAGGUGACACCCCAGCGCUCUACAAGAUGGGCAUGAUCCUUCUCAAGGGCCUGUUGGGGCAGCAAAAGAACCAGGGUGAAGCUAUCAACAUGCUGCAACGAGCCGCCAACCAGGCGGACCGAGACAACCCACAUGCCCUCCAUGAGCUGGCCCUUAUAUACGAGCAGCCAGCUAACGGAAACGAGCGCGUUAUACCAGACGAAGCCUAUUCUCUGCAACUCUUCAUGCAAGCAGCAGACCUUAGCUACAAAUUCUCACAGUUCAGACUCGGUCAGGCAUAUGAGUAUGGAUUGCUAGGCUGCCCAAUCGACCCAAGGAAGAGUAUUGGAUGGUACACUAAGGCCGCAGCACAGGAAGAACACCAAAGUGAACUCGCACUUUCCGGCUGGUACCUCACCGGCAUCGAAGGUGUGCUGCAGCAAAGUGACACCGAAGCAUAUCUCUGGGCGAGGAAGGCGGCAUGUGCAGAACCCCCAUUACCGAAGGCGUUGUUUGCUAUGGGGUACUUCACUGAGGUGGGCAUAGGGUGUCCAAAGAGCUUGGAGGAGGCGAAGAGGUGGUAUGGAAGAGCUGCUGCAUACAAAUUCCCCAAAGCGCAGGAACGCCUUGAGGAAUUGAAGCGCGGUGGGUCCAAGGCCCAGAUGAAGCGCGAGCGUCUUAGUAGGAGCAACCAGAAGCAGCAGGAGGAGAACUGCAGUGUCAUGUAGCGCAUCAAGAGUUGAAGGAGUGGAAUACACCUUAGGCGUACUCUUGACGCAUCGACUUUUGCAUGUUCUCAAAUUGGGGGGUCUGGCGCAUCUGCCAAUGUUGGGUUGUCUCGGGUACAGGGCUAGCAUCAAGAGUGAGCAUCCAAUCCAUACUUUCCUCCUCAGGCGAUC